GCCCUCACAAAAAAUGACAUCAUUUACUUGGUUUCUUUUUACACUCCUUGCUUCCCUCAACCUGCUGAAAGAUACUCAUCUCUUCUGCAGUGCUGAUCCCACCGAUGGCUUUACUGCAAUGCCAUUAUCUGAAAGGAACUUUGAUAUGCAAUGGCCAUACAACCUAAAUCUCAACGAUCGAUACAGCUAUGUUGAUGGAGUACGAAGGCUUUGGGUGUAUUCAACUGACAAGCCAUUCAAACCAAGCACCACCACAAAACCACGGACUGAAAUCCGCAUCCGGGGAUAUGACUACUCUUCUGGUGUAUGGCAAUUUGAAGGCUAUGGCUUUGUGCCCAAUGGCACCAGUGGCACAGCAAUCAUGCAGAUUCAUCGCACUACGCAUGCAGCUACUGUGCUAAUGCUGAUGGUCGUUGAUGGUCAACUGAAGUUCUACCAUAGCACCUUGGUGGAAUCAAACAUCUACGACAGGUGGAUGAGAUUAAAUGUGAUACAUGACGUGGAUGCCAAUAAAAUAACUGUGUUCAUCGAUGGUGUUAAAAAGCUACAGAUUGAGGGAAAUGGUCCAAAUACCUUCUAUUUCAAGUGCGGGGUUUAUGCCCAGAGGGAUGAAGCACAUUACAUGGAAUCAAGGUGGAGAGAUAUCAGAGUGCUUAAGAAGAAUGGGUGA